GAGGAGGCGCACGGCCAGCCUGAGGAGGCGCACGGCCAGCCUGAGGAGGACUGUUCUGGAGGAGGGGCCCUGCUCUGGACUGGACCAUGCACUGUCUGCCCGUCCAGACCCCCACAGGCAGCUCCUGCUCCACAGACCCCAUCUACGACAACUGUCUGCCCCAUGCCCAGAGCCACAGGACAGGGGACACCCGCAUGGAGCACAGGGGUCACCAGCUCACCGUCCCGGGGCCCCGAGGCCCUCGGCCCGGGCCGGCUCCGGGUCCCGCUGUGACAGGGGCCCGAGGGCCUGGCCUCUGGCCAGACCACAGUUACUGUAGCUGGAGAGAAGAUCUGGACUGUCCAGAAUACAGACCGGAGCUGGGGGCUAGAGGAGGAGACACUGAGCAGAGAAUCCUCUGGAGAACACAGGACCGAGGUCCAGUGAAGCGCAGCCCCAGCCCCGAGCACAGGAGCACGCUGUCCUUCUACGACAACAUCCCUGACGCCGUUACCCCUGAGAACCUGCCAACGUUCUUCAUGGAAACACAGGAGCACGCAUACCAGGCCUGGGCCCCACAGCGGCUCCAAGGGCCCCUCGAGCCCGAGGUCCGAGGGCCCCCAGAACCUGAGGUCCAAGAGCUCCCCGAGCCUGAGGUCCAAGAGCUCCCCGAGUCUGAGGUCCAAGGGCCCCCCGAGUCUGAGGAAGAGAACCUGGAGCUAAUCCCGGAGCAGGAGGCGGAGGCGUGCUCCCAGCCGUGCCACGCUGAGCCCUGGGCCUCAGAGGAGGCCCGUUUGAGGAUACCUCCUCCCGUCCCUGUGGCAGACCCUUCGGCCAGCGCCCUGCGGAGCCUCCUGACCAGCCUGCAGCAGCAGAUCACCCGGCAGAGGGACGAGUACGAGGAGCGCAUCACCAGCCUGGAGCAGAGGAACGAGGAGCUGCAGAUGGAGGUGAUCCGUCUGAAAACGAGCCUGGCCCAACAGCGUCACUGGUACCAGAUGGUUCAGACCAAGAUCGUAGAGUGUGAAAAAGCCCGAGCCGGCGCCGAACAGCGAAACGCCGCUCUGCAGAGGGAGAUGGAGACGUUCUUUGAUACUUUUGGAGAGCUCAACAAAGAGGCCAAGAAGACUGAGCACAUCGCCAAGAGCUUUUGACAAACGUGUGUUUUUCCAAAGACAAACUGUGUGGUUUUCACCUGUGACCUCAGCCUGAGACUCACAGACAAACACAGCUGCAAAUUAAACUGUGAGGAAAUGAAAAUAUAACUCCUGUACAGGGAGGCAUCGAUCCAAUACUGGCAUCGAUACUGGUAUCGGAUCGGUGCAUCCCUUCUCCUGUAUCGCUUAAAAAGACACAGACACAAACAUUCUGGGCAGGAUGACACUCAUUCUGUUUAUUUUCAAGUGAACUGACCACAUCUGGGGUCAUUUAAGGCAAAACGGACAAAAUAAGGUCUUUAUAAUGCAGGGUACAUACAAGUGCAUGAGUCUCAGAGACUCGUCUUAUCUCGAUCACUUUGUGCGAUCGUGUCUGCAGAGAGCAGCCUUACAGUUCAUAAAACAUCUACGCCGCGUCCUCAGGCCUCGUCACAAACACUUUGGGGUUCGUGGACAGAGCGGGGAUAGGAGUGCUACACAGUACAAGAACACGAGCACAGACGCUAACGAGGCUAAUGACGUCUUUUAAAAGAAAACACAAACGAACUGAGCAGAGCGCUCUGUGGGUAAUGUGGGCCGGUUAAACAUGCAGUUCAACAUUUAUGUUCUACAAGAGGAAUGGAUUAGAAAAACAGCAUGCAUAAAACCACCGAGACAUCACGGGCCAGAGCCGAUCAGGGCCAGAGCCGAUCAGGGCCAGAGCCGAUCAGGGCCAGAGCCGAUCAGGGCCAGAGCCGAUCAGGGCCAGAGCCGAUCAGGGCCAGAGCCGAUCAGGGCCAGAGCUGAUCAUGUGCAACAUUUUGCAAAACAAAAUAAAUAUUCCACAAUUUGUUCAAGAUUUACAAGUAUUUGGAGGCCCGUUUAGCCUUUGUACCUUUGUGAAACUGGGCUGUUACGACAAGAAUUCAACCGAUUUGUAAACAAAAGAAUAAAGCUACCACCGAAAAAUAUGAAAUCACUCCCUCACACAAUCUGUCAGCCUAAACGUGUCUUAAAUGUGUUUUAAAUAUGUUUUUAACAUGUUUGAAACAUGUUUUUAUUAUUCUAACCUUUGAUCGUUUUGACGCUGCAGGAGACUCUCUGCUCAAAACUUUACAUUAAAAUAACUCAAAGUAUUUCUAAAAAAAUAAAACUAUUGUGUUCAUGCAUUCAAACAAAUAUCUGCAUAACAUAAAAACACAUGUGACCUCAUCUGUUU